AUGGCGGUGGCGGUCGUUGAACACUGGAGUCUGCUGGCGACGUCUGGUCAAGGGCGAGACGGGACAACAGCAAGCACACGAGCAGCAGCAGCAGCAGCAGUAGCACGCAAGGUAUCUCGACAGUCGAGAGGUGGGUGGAGGAAUUGGCAGGAGCGUCCAAAAGGGACACACGGGGCGGCGAGAGAGUUUUAUAAUGGAGGCAUUGCAGUGUGCCAGCUAGACGGUACCUCUCGAAAGAUGUUAGAUUACUGCCCGCUGCCGUUUGCAACAGAGAGUGCGACGGUCGUGUACAGCCGUUUGGCUCCGUGCGGAUGUGCAAGGACAAGUACAUUAGCCUCCACGCCUAAUCUCGACCUAGGCACGGACGGCUGCGCAGCCCUCUCCGCCCAAUGGCGACGAGUGGUAGACAGCCGAGCUCUGUUGUCUCGCGGCUCCGAUUCUGUAGCAUGCUCUGCUCCUCUCGCAUCCUCCAAGACCACGCCCCAGGCACGCAGGCACUCCACCGCCCUCGGCCAGGGUCUGCAGAGUCAGGACGGUACUUGCGCAGCGGACAGCCGGCUGCGCUUGAUCGCGGCUACUCUCGAGCAUGCUACAGCGCAACGCCUAUGGGCCCCUAACAUGCGCCGGCAAACGCCAUGUCGCCUGCUGGCUCGCAGAUCCACGGAAGCCCACCCGCCCAGUCCCGUCCUGCAGACUCGACAUAGUCUGAGACUGACUGCAUCAGACCACAGGGCUGAUGAUUCAUUGCCCACCGAGCACAAGAAAGCGACACUCCACUUACUUCCUCCUGUUGCCCUCGCCAAGUUGGCGAAGAACUAUCGACGACUGGAUAUCGUCAUGUGCCGAUGUGUCGUCGUGCUCACCCCAGCACUCAGCAUCUUGUCGACAGCGACGGGUGCAACAUUGGAAGCAAUAUACGGAUGGCGGACAAAUGAAGCGUGA